AUGGAUGAACUCAAGGUCUUGAGCAAAGCUGCAUUUGAUUGGUUGGUUAAGUUCCCAGCAGAGUAUUGGUCAAAAUCACACUUUCGAACUUAUGUUAAGUGUGACAUGCUAAUGAACAAUAUGUGUGAGUCCCUUAACAAGACUAUCCUUCCAGCUAGAGAUAAGCCAAUUAUCACUAUGCUUGAGUUGAUCAGGUGUCUUUUGAUGAGAAGAAUUCAUACAAGGAGGGAUAAGAUGAAGAAAUGGCCUCACAAAGUGUGUCCUAAAGUAUUCAAAAAGAUUGAGCACAGAAAAGUGCUAACUGGUGCGUUGACAGUUGAAUGGUCAGGAGGACCUAAAUAUCAAGUGAAGGGUCCAGGUGAACAAUUUGUUGUUAACUUGGAGCAAUCAAUGUGUGAGUGCAGAAAAUGGCAAUUAGGAGGUAUUCCUUGCAAGCAUGCAAUCGCUUCAAUACACUACAUGGGUGGAAUGUCAAUAGACACCUUUGUUGAUAAAAUGUUGUUAACAGAGACUUAUUUCAAGGCUUAUAACAACCUUAUCAACCCAAUUAAUGGUGAGAUGAUGUGGCCAAGAACAGAUUAUCCAACUCCAGUUCCACCUUCUUAUACUAGGCAACCAGGAAGGCCAAGGAAAGUACGGAUAAAAGAUCAUUUCGAGAAGGAAGACAAUUCAACAAGAACUACGCUUGGAAAGACUGGAGCAGUCAUGACUUAUGGACGUUGUUGUCAACCAGGACACAAUCAAAGAUCAUGUCAUCGACAUCUUCCUCCAAAACAAAAGCCUGCCCCAAAACCAAGAGGAAGGCCAAGAAAAAAUCCACAAAUCAGUGCAGCUGCUACACUACAACCAAUAACUACUUCAGUAUCUACAUCUACAUCUGCAAGAGGAGCUGUACUAUUUUCCUCAACUUCUACAAGAACAACUCCACCAACACCAUCCACUACUCAUGCACCUCUGCAACAUAAUGUUGGUAGAAAAUCAUCAACACCCUCUACUCAGGCAAGCCAAGCAUCGACAACUUGUACAUCUAAUGCUAGGAAAAGAGGAAGACCACCAAAGAAGGCAUAA